GUGAAUCUUGGAGGACAUUGAUUAUCAGAGCGCAAUCAGGCAGCGGAGAUUAGUCUAAAGUUCAGUGUGGUGGAGAUCCAGCAGACUACAAGCCUGAGGACCACAUGUGUGUGAAAUCAAGGCGGUGAAGGCAAAGAAACAAGAACAGGAACAUUUAAAACUAACCAAGGCACCUGCAGGAGCUCUGAGUAAGCUGAGAGGAAGAUGGAUAUCCUUGAAACGGAUGCUUAUGACAGGAGAAAGAGGAGAAACAUGUCCUGUGCUCUUCUUUUCUCGCUCCUGCCUUUCUUUUUGUCCUCAGCUCUGUAUUUCUACCUUCUUACUCCUGAUUCUGCCCCAUCAGUCGUGGCUGCAGGAGUCAAAUCAGCUCCGACGCUGCUGCUGGCUGUGGUGGUGCUGAGCUGGAACGGAGGUCAGAGCAUCUUAGGCGUAGCUGGAGGACUGAUCUUCUCUGCUGUUGGGGACUGCUGCUUGAUCUGGCCUGAGAUGUUCAUUCAUGGGAUGGGAGCCUUCGCUGUGGCUCACCUGCUGUACUCACUCUCCUUCCUAUCCAGUCGUUAUGCUACCUUCUCCUCGUCCUCCUGGAUCCGCCUCUUCUAUCUGAUCCUGCUAAUGAUCGGAGGAGCUUUCUAUGUCUACCUGUACCCAUUCCUCCAGAAGGCACCAGAGUCUGAUCUAUUGACUCCAGGUGUGGGGGUCUACACUGUCCUGAUCACUGUUAUGGCUGCGUUGGCAGCAAAAACCCACCACAUGACGACGCUCCUGGGAAGUUUGAUCUUUAUGGUGUCUGACGCAUCACUGGCACUGCAGGUUUUCAAGGUGUUGCCACCAAUGCAGCAUGGUCAGAUUGUUGUCAUGGUAACAUAUUAUCUGGCACAGCUACUGAUUGCUGUGGGUGAUGUAAAAGCUGUGGAAAACAAGGAUGACCUUUCAAAAUGGAAGAGGUCCUAAUUAGGAUCCUUGAGGUAUCCCAAGCAUCUUUAAUACCUUCCCUACAUUCUGGGUGCAUUUCCCUAAACAUGGGACUUUUUAUUUACAUUCAUAAUUUACAAACAGCUGAUAAAUGCUACUUUAAUGAGACAAAACAAUUAAAAUAUAUGUAAUUCAGUGUCCAGAAUCACACUUAUAUUAGAAUAUAUCACAGAUGCAUUAACAUGGCUGAAAACAUUCAGAGCAUGAGUUUAUACUAUUUAUGUUCUCUGAUUUAUUGUUUUAUUUUAAAUAUUUAAAUAAAUGAAUCUGGAGUC